GUCCCACGGACGACUGGAGCAGCGGGCCAAACGCGAGCUCUCUCCAACGCGCGAGUCAUUUAUAAAGCUCAGUCACGCGCGUCGCCCGCUCUGUAUCACCGGAAUAACGGAACCGUGACUCUAUGGAGGGAGCAGCGGAGUCGGAUGCGCCCGUCCCGGGGAGAUCAGCGGCGGACAGAGCGGCGGCGCUCGCUCGUUUAUUGCACCGCGACUGCACGCGUCUGCUCGAGCUUUACAAAGAGCGAGAGAGUUUCCUUUCCCAUCAUGUCCCAGAAGGUGAGCGCCUGGUGACCCUUGCCCUUUGCCCUGAGGCCUUGACAACGGCGGAGCAGGUGGGUCACGUCCGUUCGGCCCUGCGACAGUGCAAGGGGCUUCUGGAGUGCCUGAUCACGCGUGAGGUUGAAGAAAUGGGCGAAGAGAUGGAAGGGGAGUAUGAAAGUCUUAGGAAGACUGUGAAGGAUCGACUCGGUCAUUUUGUCCACAGUACGGGCGCUCUGCUGGAGAAUGGAGAAGAUGGUUGUCCACCGUCUGCGGAGUUUGAGUGUUCUGGGGGUCAGGAUGAAAUUGAAGGUUCUGGUAGUUUUGCUGCUAAACUCUGGACCUACAGAGUUCUUCUGGAGCUCAUCCACUGGACGGACUCGGCCUGUCAAACCCUUCACCUCUUCCACACCGAGAAACAAGGACAACAACAGCUACUGUAGAAACUCUGCAUCCGUUCUGGGCCAGUUUCCACAAAUGAAUCCUUUUCCUGGACUGAUCUGAAUGUUCAAAAGAGAAUCAGCUUAAUCCAGGACAACGAUCAGUGCAGGAAACUGGCCCUGCUGUAAUAACUCACUGCAUGUCAAGAACAGAGACUUCUAGAACCCUGUCAGUCAAAUGAUCAGAUGAUAAUUUCAGAUCUUUAGAGAAGUUUACACUAAGUGUAGUUCAGGACUAAAACGGAACUAAUAUUAACAUUUAAAAAGAGGCUUUAAUUAGUUACUAACAAGUUAUAAUCUCAGAACGAGUUAGUUACAGUUGACGAGUGAAACUACACUGCAAAAUAAAUACAUAGAAAAUAAUUUUCUUUAUUAGUAUUUGUCUUCCGGUAAAAAUAUCUAAACAUCCUCAAAACAAACUAUACUUUUUGUGCGAGAUACUACGAUUAUGACUUGUUUUCAUAUAAUAUGUGUAAGGUUUAUUUUUCUCAUCCCACUGGCAAUUUUUUUCUUCUUCUUUCGUCAUUAAAUGAUGUACACUUUAAUACAAGAAAAAUUAUGGAUCUCUUUAGAGAAUUUAUUUUCUGAAAUAGUUUUGCAUUCGCACGCAAUUAUUUUUGGGUCCCCUCUCAAUAGCUUUAUCCAUCCCUUACGAUGAAUUAACCCUGCAUUACUAGUAAAACUAUAGUAACCACAACAUGAACCAUGCUUUUACUACAAUAACCAUAUUUUAACCAUGACAUUCAAACUAUGGUAAUAUUCUGUAAAUCAUAAUCAUUCUGCAAAAAAAAUAUAUAUAUAUAGUUUUAUCAGUUUAGUAACACCACUGUUAAUUAGUGGUGCAUAAAAGCAUACUUGUACUACAAUUUAACCAUGGUGUUACUAUAUUAAAACUUUAGUAACCAUUUUGGCAGAAUGAUGAUAUUUUUGGUUUAUAGUUCAACUAUGGUUGCUGUAGUAAAUUUUACUAUUAACCAUAAAUCAUUUAAUAAGGGAGGGAUAAAUCGAUUGAGAGGAAACACAAAACUAAUUCAGAAAAUAAAUUCACUCCUUGUGCUUUAAGGGGAUCCAUAAAAAAUAAAAGCCGUGCCAAUGGUGGAAGAAAAAGAAAGUUAGUUCAAGGUAGAUUCUCUCUAACAAGUCUUAUAAUCUACACACACACACACACACACUGACACAUACAUACACACACACUCACAUCGCCACAUACUGACACACACAUACACACACACUCCCACUGACACAAACACACACACUGACACACACACAAACACAUACUCACACUGACACAUACAUACACACUCACAUUGACACACACACUGACACAUACAUACACACACACUCACAUCGCCACAUACUGACACACACACAUACACACUCACACGGACACACACAUACACACAUACGCACUCACACGGACACACACACUGACACACACUCCCACUGACACACACACUCACACGGACACACACACACUUCCACUGACACAUACAUACACACUCACACGGACACACACACAAACUCCCACUGACACAAACACACACUGACACGGACACACACACUGACAUAAACACACACUCACAUUGACGCACACACUCACACUGACACAAACACUCACACUGACACAUUCAUACACACACUCACAUCGCCACAUACUGACACACACACUCACAUGGACACAAACACUCACACUGACACAUUCAUACACACACUCACAUCGCCACAUACUGACACACACACUCCCACUGACAAAUACACACACUCACACGGACACACACACUGACACACACACUCCCACUGACACAUACAUACAUACACACACUCACACGGACACACACACAUUGACACAAAAACAUACACACACUCACACUGACACACACACACACA